CUCUCACCGCAUCGUCCCCGUGCGCCGGGGCUGAGCCCUGCGCCACGGAGCGGGCCCGGAAGGAGCGGGACAGCCCCAUCCCGCACCGGGCACGCCGGGGCCGCUCCGCCCAGGGCAACGGGCUCCGCUUGGCCCCGGCAUCUCGACCCGGGAGCGGCCAGCCCGCAGCAGCGCCCGACGGCCAUGGAGGCUCCCCCCCGGUGGCCCGGCAAUGGCACCCUGUGCUCCGUGGAUACCGGCUUCACCCAGCGCUUCCUGCCCACCGCCUACCUGGUGGUGAUUGCCCUGGGGCUGGUGGGGAACGGGCUGGGGCUGUGGCACCUCUGCACCAGGGCCCGGCGCGGCGCCCAACAGCCCCUCGACGUGUUGGUGGGCAACCUGGGCUUGGCUGACCUGCUGUACGUGAGCACGCUGCCCUUCCUCGUCAGCUACUACCUGCAGGGCAGAGUGUGGCUCUUCGGGCAGGGCUGGUGCCGGAUCACCUGUGGCCUUUUCCACCUCAACCUCUACACCAGCAUCGGCUUCCUCACCUGCAUCAGCAUCCACCGCUACCUGGGCAUCGUGCAUCCGCUGAAGGCACGGGGCUGGUGCUAUGGGACAACCCCUUCAGUGUGGCUCAGUGCAAUGGUCUGGGUGUGGGUCAUCGCACAGGUAGCUCCAGAUUUUGCCUUCAACAAGAUGGAUGACACGGGGACACGGUGCCACGACACAACGGAACACGAGUACCUGGGUGUUUACUUGCCAUACACCAUGACCAUCACCGUGACUGGGUUCGUCAUCCCGUUCCUUAUCAUCAUCGGAUGCUACUGCCACGUGGUGGUGGUGCUCUGCAGGAAUGACACUGUGAACCCCAGCCUCAGGAGAAGAAGCAUCAGUUUGGUGAUUCUUGUCACGAUCCUCUUCUCCAUCUGCUUCCUCCCCUACCACAUCUUCAGAAACCUCAACUUGUUGUCUCGAGGCUGGCAGCUGCAAGGGUCCUGCACGCAGGCUGUAAAGAAUAUCUACCUUUCUUACCAGGUGACCCGGGGCCUGGCCAGCUUCAACAGUGCCCUCAACCCCCUGCUCUACGUGAUGACCAGUGAAGCCUGCAUGUCACGCGUGAGGACCCUCUUCCAAACAAGGAAAACCUCUUGCCAGGAAGAUGAGAAGCAUAUGAGCACCAUUCUUUGUAAGGAGGAGGCUGCUGAUGAGCUCUGAGGUACCCAACACCCUUUCCAUAGGAUGCACCACUUCUGUUUGCACUUGACCCCUUCUUGGGAGUCAUCUCCUCACCCUGAUCCCUGCUUUGCAGAGAGCUGGUAACUGCAGCAUCACUGGCUCCAGUCUCACACAAGGGAUAGACAGGACUGCUGGCAUCACAGAGGAAACUGAGGCUCUAUUUUAGAGCAAAGCUACUCAACCCAACCAUUCAGCCUAACAGUGUGCUCGGAGAUGGCAAGAAAUGAACACUGUGUUUACUCCAGACUUGAAACAUUUCUCAGAGCAGCCUCUAAUGCAGCAGUGUGAGCUGGUCAACAUCUCCCUGGUUCUGCAGCCACCUGCUGAGCUCUCAGUGAGUGAGAUGGGGGUGA